AUGUUUCCUAGUUAUCCCAGUCUAUCAUUUGUUCCACUAUCACAAUCUUCCAAUUAUCCCAAUCCUCCAGUUACCAGUUGUCCCAGUCUCGAGAUAUCCCAAUCUUCUAGCGAUCCCAUACUUCAAGUUAUCCCAGUCUCAGAGUUCUCCUAAAUAUCCCAGUCAUCCAUCUAUACCAGUCUCACAAUUAUCCCACUCUCCCAAUUAUCCCAGCCUCUCAAUUACCCCAAGUUUCAAUCUCCCAGCUAUCUAAUCAAUUUAUUCCAAGUAUCAGUUAUCUCAGUCUCCUCUCUCUCUCUCUCCAAGCUUAUCAGAGUCUACAGGUUAUGCCAGACUCCUAGACAUCACUUUUGCCCAGUUUUUUCAAGCAUUAUUCGCCCCAGUUAUCCCCCAGUUAUCUCAAUCACAAUCUCAGAAUUAUCCCACUCUUUCAAUUAUUCCAGCCUCUUCCAUUAUUCCAAUUUUUGGUCUUCCAGACAUCCCAAGUCUCAAGCCAACAGAGUCUCCAGGUUAUGCCAGACUCCUAGACACCACUUUCGCCCAAAUAUCCCCCAGUUAUCUCAAUCACACUCUCCCUGUUAUCCCAAUCCCUUCCAUUAUCCCAAGUUUCAACCUCCCAGACAUCCCAAGUCUCAAUCCAUUUAUAAAUAUCUCGCGAAUAAA